AUGAAUUCAAUUAACUGCAUAACGAGCACUUGCGAUGAACAAAAAUCGAAUAUUAAUAGAAAACGACUUGGCUGUGAUGUCGAUAAAGAAGAAAUGUUUUACUGUGAGUCAGAAACUGAAUAUGAUAGUGAAAAUGAAACUAUUGAUGUUAUUUGUGAAAACAGUGGGAUUUCAGUGCGGGACAACCUUCAGUUUAAUAACUUUACAAAUCCAUUUGUUCAUCCCGACGGAGUAUUCUUUUUCGAACAAAACUUAGAUGUUUGUUCUGAGAGGGAUGAAUUUAAAACCAAAAACAAUAGUUGUAAUAGUAAAGAAAUAAAGAAAAGUGACCAAAACUGUUCUAGUGACGGCAAAACAAAAACUUUCCUCAUUGACGAUAUCCUCGGUAAUCAUAAAAAAACUAGUUCAAAUAGUGAAAAAUCUAUUAUACAGUACGAUCGCGAUCAUUUCGAGGCAAACGCUGAUGAACACAAUGUAUCAUCAACGUCAACUUGUCAGGAGCUUACGGCUCUAAACAGCGCCGAACUGCUUGCGGGUCAUGCGUACGCGCACUGGUUGGCAAGUCAUCAACCCUCGACUACAUUUUAUGAUGACAAGAGCAGCAGAAGAACACGGCGAGCUGGGCCUGAACGCAAGCCACGGCAAGCAUACAGUGCUAAGCAACUUGAACGACUUGAAGCCGAAUUCAAAUUGGACAAAUAUCUCAGCGUAUCAAAGAGAAUGGAACUCUCAAAGGCGCUGGCUCUCACAGAAGUACAAAUAAAAACAUGGUUCCAAAAUAGAAGAACAAAAUGGAAAAAACAGUUGACGUCCCGAUUGAAAAUAGCGCAACGUCAAGGAUUGUUUCCCGGGCAGAUCUUCAGCCAUAGUCCGCAGGCGUACUCACUUUUAAAUCCGUACGCGUAUGCUCCACUUACUUGUGUUUUUACUCCAGUAACUUUACCAUCUACACCUUAA